AUGGUUUCUAUAUUCCCUGAUGCUGAGUUUAAGCCAGUAGUCAUGCUUAGAGACACUGGAGCUGCGCAGUCCUUCAUUCUGGAGCGUAGCCUUCCAUUUUCUGCUGACACGUACACAGGAUAUGAUGUGUUGGUCCGUGGUAUUGAGAUGUGCUGUGCUAAUGUGCCUUUGCAUACGGUUCACUUAAAGUCAGGGCUUGUAAGUGGAACUGUUAAACUGGGUGUCCGCAGACAGUUACCUGUAGAAGUGCCUGAGCUUUCACCUGAUCCUAGUUCAGAGUCAAAAAGCCCCUUAAAAGUGAGUCGAGAACAUUUGAUAACUGCUCAGAGAGAAGACCCAACGCUAGCUAAGUGUGUUAAAGCUGCAGAUCUUGGGCAAGUGCCUAAUUCUGGGGUUAUGUAUUUCUGGGAUCAUGGACUACUGAUGCGUAGAUGGAAACCAGAUGAAGAGGAUGAGAACUGUCAGCUGGUCCAGCAAAUUGUGUUGCCUUCUGGCUAUCGCCUGCAUGUGUUGAAGCUGGCUCAUGAACACGUAAUGUCCGGUCAUCUAGGAGUGACGAAGACAUCCUAUCGAGUUUCCCGAUACUUCUACUGGCCUGGUAUAAAGUCUGCUGUGUCUGCCUUUUGCAAAGCUUGCAAAGUUUGCCAACUCACGGGAAAACCGAACCAACGAGUUCCUGUCGCUCCUCUUACGCCAAUCCCUGUGAUGUGUGAGCCCUUUGAACGACUGAUCAUCGAUUGUGUGGGCCCAUUGCCUAAGUCCAAGGCAGGACAUCAAUAUAUGUUAACUAUCAUGUGUGCUGCAACACGCUUUCCCGAAGCAGUCCCAUUACGCAACCUGAAAGCCAAAGCAGUUGUGAAAAAGCUGGUCAAGUUCUGUUCCACUUUCGGCCUGCCAAAAGUAAUCCAGACAGACCGUGGCACUAAUUUUACGUCAAGAAUGUUUGAGCAGAUUCUAAAGGAGCUUGACAUAAAUCAUCAGUUAUCCAGUGCCUACCACCCAGAGUCACAAGGUGCGAUUGAGAGGUUUCAUCAAACUCUUAAAACGAUGUUGCGCAGCUAUUGUGUUGAGACAGGAAAAGAUUGGGACGAGGGUCUCCCCUUUCUUCUGUUCGCUGUGAGAGAGACAGUACAAGAGUCUCUAGGAUAUAGUCCAGCAGAGCUUGUCUUCGGUCAUGUGGUGCGAGGACCGUUAAAGUUGAGUGAGCAACUGUUGACUGAACAUUCAACCCCUGUGGCUAUCCCUGACUAUGUCCAGUCUCUUCGUCAGAGACUUCAGAGCGCUCGUGGAGUAGCAGCAAAACACCCUGAAACCGCACAAGGCAAGAUGAAAGCAAGCUUUGACCAGAAGUCUGUUAGCAGAUCUUUCCAGCCUGGCGAUUUGGUUCUAGCUUUGCUACCCAUUCCUGGUUCUGUGUUCCAGGCGAAGUUUAAUGGUCCCUACGUUGUCAAGAGGAAAGUGAGUGACGCAAAUUACAUCAUUGACACACCUGACCGCAGACGUAAAAGCCGUUUGUGCCACAUCAACAUGCUGAAAAGGUAUGUGACUACACAAAGUGAGACAAAGUGUGACAAACCCACAGUGGAAGCGAAGUGUGAGACCGCAAGUGUGCCAACCUCCACUGUUGCUAUGGUUAUCAGCUAUACCAUGGAAGACGAUGGAUUGUGUAAUAAAGGUCAAGUUUCCUCCACACGUUUACAGAACUCUGCCAUUCUAAGUGACCUUAAGAGUUACCUUGCUCAUCUCGGUGAAAGUCAGGCUGAAGAACUGACUAAUUUGCUGCAUAAGUUCCCUAGUUUAUUCUCAGAUGUGCCUGGAAAAACUGCAAUGUGUUCCCAUGACAUUGAUGUUGGAAAUGCGUCCCCCAUCAAACAGCAUCCUUAUCGAGUCAAUCCCCAAAAGCGUAACAUAAUGAAGGCUGAAGUGGAGUAUAUGCUGCAGAAUGGAAUUGCUGUGCCAAGUCAGAGUCCCUGGAGUUCGCCCUGCUUACUGGUACCAAAGCUUGAUUCCACCUAUCGCUUCUGCACCGACUUCCGCAAAGUCAACAACAUCACUAAAGCAGAUUCCUUCCCACUCCCUAGAAUGGAAGACUGUGUGGACAGGGUGGGCAACGCUAAGUUUGUAACAAAGCUAGACCUCCUGAAAGGAUACUGGCAGGUCCCUCUGACUCCGCGGGCAUCAGAAAUAUCAGCUUUUGUCACCUCAGACAGCUUUCUGCAAUAUUCUGUCUUAGCUUUUGGGAUGCGAAACGCUCCUGCCACAUUCCAGCGUUUAAUGUAUAAUGUGUUAGCAGGUGUGGAAGACUGUGAAGUAUACUUGGAUGACGUGGUUGUCCACUCAAAUACCUGGACAGAACAUCUAUCCUCCCUUGCGAAUGUGUUUCAGCGCUUUGCUAAUGCCUCGUUGACCUUGAACCUCGCCAAGUGCGAGUUCGCUAAGGGAAUGAUCUGCUACUUAGGUAAACAAGUGGGACAAGGAAUGGUGAAGCCUGUCGAAGCCAAAGUUGCAGCUAUCCUUGAAUACAAUAUCCCUUCUAAUAAACGUGAACUGCGCAGGUUCCUUGGAAUGUGUGGAUACUACCGUGCUUUCUGCCUAAACUUUGCCACCGUUGUCUCGCCACUAACUGAUCUACUAAGCACUACAAAAAGUCAAAAUGCUGGGAAUUUGUUUUUAACAGGUGUAAUCAUCAAUGGACAAACAUCAGAACCUACAACUUCCAUCUCUGAUCCAUGCUAUGAUUAUAACACUCUUAAUGAAUCGUGGAGAGACAUACGGCAAAGCCCACAUCAGUACCAUGGACAGGAUGACACUCUUGUUGAAUGGAGUGGCUGGUAUCGGCUGUAUCUGAAUGGAGAAAGUGCCCAGAUGUCUGAGUGGUGUGUGAGUUAUGUGGGAUGUGGUGGAGAAACUGGACUGCAUCUCAAUGGUUCUCAUCCAACACUUGAGGAUGGAGUGGUGACCCGUGAAGUCCUGGGAACUAAUAUGUGGUAUUCCUCUCAGUGUGGCGACCACAAAUCCACUUCUGUCCAAGUUAAAGCUUGUCUAGGAGAUUAUUACGUCUAUGAAUUUGUUAAACCCAACAUAUCAAACCCCAGACCAACAUACUGUGCAGUUGCUUUCCAAAGCAUCAGCAGUGAUCCCUGCUACAACUAUGAGUCUCUGGAUCGUCCCUGGAGAGCCAACAAUGAAAGCGGAGAUAAUAUUUGUGAUGAACGUUUCUCCUGGAAUGGCUGGUACCGGCUUUUCUACUAUGGAAUGGACAUCCGGAUGCCAGAGACCUGUGUUAGUUCAUACACCUGUAACACAUACAUCAGUCUGUGGCUCAAUGAUCCUCACCCUCAGAUAGAGGAUGGAGUGGUGAUCAGGGAGGUCUGUGGAGGGUCUCAUUGGGGAAGCUGCUGUAAUUACAAGACAAACCCCAUCAGAGUGAAAGCGUGUCCAGGCAAUUACUAUGUCUAUGAACUUGUGAAUCCACAAAUGUGGUGUUCAGGAUACUGCACAGAUGUCAGCACUAUUUCACAGGCAGUUUCCACUGUGAGUCCAGAUAUAUUCACUGGAUCCAACAUCACAUUGAAUUAUGAUCCAUGCAAUAAACACAACAUUCUCGACAACUACUGGAGAAGCACACUCUAUUACUGGUCUAGUAAUGGAUACAUAUCUGAUCAUGAUGACACUCGUGUAGAAUGGGACGGCUGGUAUCGACUCUUCAUUGAUGGAUCAAGUGCUCAGAUGCCUGAGUGGUGUGUGUCUUACAUGUCAUGUGGAGGUUUUAGUUCUCUGUGGCUUGAUGGCUCUCAUCCUCGGCUAGAAGAUGGAGUUGUUACUCGUGAAAUUUACGGCUCCCGUAAUGAUCAGUGCAGUCGCUACAGAUCCGACCCAAUCCAAGUCCAAGCUUGUCCUGGAAAUUAUUAUGUCUACAAAUUUAUCAGGCCAACUCUUUCAAUCCCAGCUCCUGUAUAUUGUGCAGUUGCUUUCCAAAACAUCAGCAGUGAUCCCUGCUACAACUAUGAGUCUCUGGAUCGUCCCUGGAGAGCCAACAAUGAAAGUGGAGAUAACAUUUGUGAUGAACGUUUCUCCUGGAAUGGCUGGUACCGGCUUUUCUACUAUGGAAUGGACAUCCGGAUGUCAGAGACCUGUGUUAGUUCAUACAGCUGUAACACAAACAUCAAUCUGUGGCUCAAUGAUCCUCACCCUCAGAUAGAGGAUGGAGUGGUGAUCAGGGAGGUCUGUGGUAGUUAUCCUUGGGGAGGCUGCUGUAAUUACAAGACAAGACCCAUCAGAGUGAAAGCGUGUCCAGGCAAUUACUAUGUCUAUGAACUUGUGAAUCCACAAAUGUGGUGUACAGGAUACUGCACAGAUGUCAGCACUAUUUCACAGGCAGUUUCCACUGUGAGUCCAGAUAUAUUCACUGGAUCCAGCAUCUCCUUGAAUUAUGAUCCAUGCAAUAACUACAACACACUUGACAACUACUGGAGAAACACACUCAAUUACUGGUAUAAUUAUGGAUACAUAUCUGGACAUGAUGACACUCGUGUAGAAUGGGACGGCUGGUAUCGACUCUUCAUUAAUGGAUCAAGUGCUCAGAUGCCUGAGUGGUGUAUGUCUUACAUGUCAUGUGGAGGUUUUAGUUCUCUGUGGCUUGAUGGCUCUCAUCCUCGGCUAGAAGAUGGAGUUGUUACUCGUGAAGUUUACGGCUCCCGUGAUGAUCAGUGCAGUCGUUACAGAUCCGACCCAAUCCAAGUCCAAGCUUGUCCUGGAAAUUAUUAUGUCUACAAAUUUACCAGACCAACUCUUUCAAUCCCAGCUCCUGUAUAUUGUGCAGUAUCUUUUAGCACCCUAAGUGUCGACCCCUGCCUCAACUAUACCAGUCUGGAUCAGCCUUGGAGAUCCACAGACAACUAUUACAACUAUGGCAUGUGUGAUUAUAAUGUGGAGUGGAAUGGCUGGUACAGGAUGUUCAACAAUGGUGAAAAUACUCAGAUGCCAGAAUCAUGUGUAAAUCAGUACACGUGUGGCACUUAUUCCCCACUGUGGCUCAACGGCGCUCACCCACAGCUGGAAGAUGGAGUGGUCACCCGUCAGGUCUGUCUCUCCUCAUGGAACGGCUGCUGUACUUACAAAUCCCACCCUAUAAGAGUCAAAGCCUGUCCAGGAAAUUACUACGUUUAUGAGUUUGUCAAGCCAAUAUUUUGCGGAGCUUACUGUGCAGAUGACAGAGGCCUUAAUGAGACAUCAUCCACUGACCCCUGUGCCCAACUCAACUGCACAGAGGAUGAAUGGUGUGGAGAGAAAAACGGCGUCUAUGGCUGUUUGUGUUACAACAACCAGACCAGUCCAGAUUCUUUUGAUUUCUCAGAAACCUGUGAAAGCAGCUCUGGCUCUAUGUCUGUGUCUCGCUGUCAGCUCUUUGAGGCUGGUUUUCCAGCUGAUGUCUUACACCUCAAUGAUCCCGGCUGCAAAGCAACGGUCCGGAAUGGCAGAGUGGAAUUCCAUUUUGAUAAUGAUGAACACAUUUGUGGUACAAAUCUUCUGGCUAACGGCACCCACUUCAUCUAUGAUAACUUUAUUCUGGGGACACCGAGGUCAGAAGGUCUCAUUAGCAGAGAGAAAAUCCUGAAGCUUUCUUUCAGCUGUGCUUAUCCUCAAUCACAAACACUUUCCAUGAAUGUGAACAUCAACCCAUUGGAGAGUAUUGUGCACAAGAUUCUCCCCGCUGGUGAAGGCAGAUAUCAGGUCCGGAUGAUCCCAUAUGAGGAUGAUGAGUUUACCCGGCCCUUCACUGGUAGAGUGGAUGCAGAGCUCGACCAGGAGAUGCAUGUGGAAGUUCGUGUUGAGGGGGUCGACAGCCGCCAGUUCGCCCUGGUGAUGGACACGUGUUGGGCUACACCUGUGAAUGAUCCUGAUUACAGCCUCCGCUGGGAUCUCAUCCUUUCAGAGUGUCCCAAUCCGAAUGACGGCACAGUGGAUCUGCUGCAGAACGGCGUCUCGACAUCCAGCCGUUUCUCCUUCAGGAUGUUUAUCUUCACUGCAAACUCCACUAGGCUUUACCUACACUGCGCUGUUCACCUUUGCCUUCUGUCAAGCAAUCGCUGCUCAACGGACUGUGGCUCUGGACACCAGUGGAGAGAGCGCAGGUCUCUGGACUUCCAUGACGCUUCCAUAUCCAUGGGUCCUCUGGUGUUGUCUGAAGGGAACACAGAUAAGUGGGUCCCAGAACAAGUGAAGGCAUCUGAGGCUUCUUGUCUGUGUGGUUCUCUGAUGCUGAUACUUGUUCCUCUGAUGAGUGUCCUCACACACUUUUAGUUUAGUACCACAACAUUUUACAUGCAUUUUGUCUAAUGCCAU